GGUCGCUGAUGGAGCUCUCCGUCCCGGAGGGCGGGCCGCGGUUCGCCCUCUUCGACCUGCACCGGCCGAAGGAGUCCGAGGUGCCGGAGGUCGCCCUGGCGCCGCUGGCGCCGCCGGAGGCGCUGCUCGCGCUGGCCGAGCGCCCGUCGAGGGCCCUCGUGGAGGGCGGCCGUGGCGGCGCAUCGCGCUUCGGUCUCGUCAGGUUCGAGUCGAUGGAGAAGCUCCAGGAGACCGUCAAGACGAUCCUCCUGGAGUACACCCCUGGCUGGCACCUGCGGCUGCAGGACGACGAGGACAUCGUCAAGAUGCUCAUCAGCUACCAUCCCGAAGGAGACAGGCUGCUGGAUGACAUGGUCGCCGUGAAGGUGGACUCGUCGCCCAUCGACGAUAACACUAGGUGUUUCUGGGUCGUCAAGUACGACGGCUACGAGGAGGACAUCAGCAUCAGGGAAUGCCUCCGAGGUUUCGAGAACUAUUUGCGCCUGGAAGGCGUCGAGGGAACCGAAGCGCCAGCCGUCCGGCGCCUGGGACCUGGUCGGUGGAACAGGGGGCUCAGGGAGACCACUUUCGAGCGCAGCCGCAUCGAGGAGGAGAUGGGCCGCGAGAAUUACGAAAAGCGGGACGGCAAGUUCCAGCCCCGAUUGGACGAGUCGCUGGCGAAGUCGCGAAUCCGGCUCGACGUCGACCCCAAGAAGAAGACGAAGAGCGGCAAGCCCCGGAGGAUCGCGCCGAGGAUGCCGUGGGAUGCGCGGGGCGGCCUCCCGUGAGCGCGCGGCGCGGCGCGGGCCUGCAGUUCGUGCCUUUCGCCGCUCUUCUCUUGCAGCGUCUUCUGAUCGCGCUCUAUGCCGGUCCUCAUCUCCUGCCGGCUACAUCUCUGGCGGAGCCCUCCCGCGUCGUAUUCAGAGCCCUCGCCCUUGUGCUGGCCACGGGCGCGCGCCGCGGCCCGACAAGCCUUCGUGCUGCCGCCGUUGGCUGGGCAGCUUCUGCGCGCCACGCUGCGCUGCCCGUGUUCGGGGGCAGCGUCGGGAGAUCGUCCCACCCCAAGGCUGCCCCUCACUUCCCCUCCCCUGCUCCUGCUCACGCUCCUUCUGCUCGGAGCUCCCCCCAAGGCCCCCGCCCACUUCGCCCCUCGGUCCGAUGCCUGGGCUUCUUCCCCGCGUAGGUUGUCUCGGGAGGACGCCCAGUGGUGCUCGGCCAGGAAGG